UGGCACCCUCUGUUCGACCUGAUGGUGGUUGGACGGUACCCUGACGAGAGGGUGUGUCCAGGUGCCCUGAGGACCAUUGAUAUAUAUGAUGCCAACACAGGAGAGCUGGCAUGCCAACUAAUGGACCCCAACGCCCCUGGCAUCAUAUCUGUCAACAAGUUCAAUCCAAUGGGAGAUGUUUUAGGAUCUGGAAUGGGAGUGAACAUCCUAGUGUGGAACAGAGGUGAGACAUUGGCUGGUAAGCAGCAGAGAGGAGAGCUACAACAGGAAGCAGGAGUCCAGGUUGGCAGAGGUAGAGGCCAGCGGAGGAGAAGAGGGGAGACUCGGAGGGGGGAGGAUGAGGACGACAUUGGGAAGCUGAAGAAGAAGCUGUCUUCCUCCUCGGUGACCAGAACCAGAACAUCCAGGGACAAACAGCACAACAGCCAGACACAGAAGGGUCCAAAUAAAUAAACGGGGAGAAGGGGAGAGAGGUUUUUUUGUGAUGUUGGAAGAGUUAUGUAGUUAUGUCUAUGACAUUGUCACCUACAGGUAACUGACAAAAUAAAGGAAACACCAACAUACAGUGUCUUAAUAGGAUGUUGGGCCACCACCAACCACCAGAACAGAUUCAAUGCUCCUCGGUAUAUAUUCUACAAGUGUCUGGAACUCUAUUGGAGGGAUGAGAACCCGGUCUUCCACGAGAAAUUCCAUCGUUUGGUGUUUUGUUGAUGGUGGUGGAAAACAAUGUCUCAGGCGCUUCAGAAUCUCCCAAAAGUGUUAAAUUGGGUUGAGAUCUGGUGACUGAGACACAUCCUCUAUGUUCCUUUGAGACCCCUCUUUCAGUCACUGAGAUCUGGUGACUGAGACACAUCCUCUGUGUUCCUUUGAGACCCCUCUUUCAGUCACUGAGAUCUGGUGACUGAGACACAUCCUCUAUAUUCCUUUGAGAGCCCUCUUUCAGUCACUGAGAUCUGGUGACUGAGACACAUCCUCUAUAUUCCUUUGAGAGCCCUCUUUCAGUCACUGAGAUCUGGUGACUGAGACACAUCCUCUAUGUUCCUUUGAGACCCCUCUUUCAGUCACUGAGAUCUGGUGACUGAGACACAUCCUCUAUGUUCCUUUGAGAGCCCUCUUUCAGUCACUGAGAUCUGGUGACUGAGACACAUCCUCUAUGUUACUUUGAGAGCCCUCUUUCAGUCACUCUGGUGACUGAGACACAUCCUCUGUGUUCCUUUGAGAGCCCUCUUUCAGUCACUGAGAUCUGGUGACUGAGACACAUCCUCCAUGUUCCUUUGAGAGCCCUCUUUCAGUCACUCUGGUGACUGAGACACAUCCUCCAUGUUCCUUUGAGAGCCCUCUUUCAGUCACUGAGAUCUGGUGACUGAGACACAUCCUCCAUGUUCCUUUGAGAGCCCUCUUUCAGUCACUCUGGUGACUGAGACACAUCCUCCAUGUUCCUUUGAGAGCCCUCUUUCAGUCACUGAGAUCUGGUGACUGAGACACAUCCUCCAUGUUCCUUUGAGAGCCCUCUUUCAGUCACUCUGGUGACUGAGACACAUCCUCCAUGUUCCUUUGAGAGCCCUCUUUCUGUCACUGAGAUCUGGUGACUGAGACACAUCCUCUAUAUUCCUUUGAGAGCCCUCUUUCAGUCACUGAGAUCUGGUGACUGAGACACAUCCUCUAUAUUCCUUUGAGAGCCCUCUUUCUGUCACUGAGAUCUGGUGACUGAGACACAUCCUCUAUGUUCCUUUGAGAGCCCUCUUUCUGUCACUGAGAUCUGGUGACUGAGACACAUCCUCUAUGUUCCUUUGAGAGCCCUCUUUCAGUCACUGAGAUCUGGUGACUGAGACACAUCCUCUAUAUUCCUUUGAGAGCCCUCUUUCAGUCACUGAGAUCUGGUGACUGAGACACAUCCUCUAUGUUCCUUUGAGAGCCCUCUUUCAGUCACUCUGGUGACUGAGACACACCUUCUAUAUUCCUUUGAGAGCCCUCUUUCAGUCACUGAGAUCUGGUGACUGAGACACACCCUCUAUAUUCCUUUGAGAGCCCUCUUUCUGUCACUGAGAUCUGGUGACUGAGACACAUCCUCUAUGUUCCUUUGAGAGCCCUCUUUCAGUCACUGAGAUCUGGUGACUGAGACACAUCCUCCAUGUUCCUUUGAGAGCCCUCUUUCAGUCACUGAGAUCUGGUGACUGAGACACACCCUCUAUAUUCCUUUGAGAGCCCUCUUUCUGUCACUGAGAUCUGGUGACUGAGACACAUCCUCUAUGUUCCUUUGAGAGCCCUCUUUCUGUCACUGAGAUCUGGUGACUGAGACACA